CCCACUGCACACAUCCCCAUCGCAUCGCGUCAUUGAGGCCGAGAUGAGCAGCCGCCGCCGCUCGUCGUCGGCGGCGCCGCUGGAGGACGAAAACCUACUCCCUGAGAUCCUCCUCCGCCUCCCGCCGCAACCAUCCUCCCUCCCACGCGCCUCCCUCGUCUGCAAGCGCUGGCGCAGCGUCGCCUCCGACCCCGGCUUCCUCCGCCGCUUCCGCAUCCACCACCGCCGCAGCCCUCCCCUCCUCGGCUGCUUCGUCCAGGACGAUGAGCAUCACGCCAUCUCCUUCCUACCUACAUCGGAGCCCCCCAACCGUGUCCCGCCCGGCCGUUUCUCCUUGCAGUUCAAACCCGGCAGCCGAUUCACGCUACUCGACUGCCGCCAUGGACUCGUACUCGUACUCAUGUCCCACGAGAUGCGCCACCAGUUCGUCGUCUGGGACCCCGUCACCGGCGACAAGCGCCGCCUAUCCUAUCCCCCUCGGUUCGAUCCGAGGACGACCCUCGUCAACGGGGCGGUGCUUCGUGCUGCGGGGGACGCCCAACACUUCCAGAGCCUAGCUGUUAUACCGAUGCCAAAUGUGAAUAGAGAUCACUUCAUCAAAUUUAUAAGGGCAGAUAGUGGUGGUCUGGGUUUCCUCGACAUGUCAAGCUUCACCGUGCAGUUAUGGGAGCGGACCACCGAUUGCAAUGGUGUUGCUCCGUGGAGGUUGAGAAGAACUAUUGAACUGGCCAAAUUACUUCCCCUGAAUCCAAAGAAGGACAACAUAAUGAUAGAAGCGUUUGCUGAGGAAAAUAAUAUGGUGUUCCUGUCGACAUUGAACAACAUCUAUGUGCUCCAUCUUCAGUCAUUGGAGUUGAAAAAAAUACCCAAAACCGACAGCGGAUCUCGGUACCAUCCAUACGAAAGUGUCUAUAAUGCAGAUGUUGGCGGGGAACAUGGUCGAGCUGAACUUUUUGCACAAUGCAUAGGAUGACCGGCUGGUCUGAUACGCUAUCAUGAUGUAUUGGUUGAUCAGGAGGAGAUGAUCUGGAGGAAACACAUCUCCUUCAACCUCCCGUAGGACGAUCUUAUCAUGGACAAGGACAUGAACUCUUGUGAGAGAUCCCGAAAGGAGCUUAGAUUUGUCGUUGUCGCAUUCCAGACUGGAGUAUCACCAAAGAACUAGCCAGGGAUAGGGAUGCUUGGAAGCUAGCUAUCCAUGUGCCAGAACUAUGAGUUGGUUGUGAGAUUUUAGGGGUCUCAGCUCUAGCCUACCCCAACUUGUUUGGGAUUAAAGGCUUUGUUGUUAUUGUUGAUACCACAUGAAGAUUUUAAUUUUUAGUGGAAUCUUCACCUUCCAAAUUUUCUUGCUACUACUCAUCGGUACCUCAGAAUGCGUGAGCGCAUGGUACAUAGUCUAUUGUGAAAGACCCUGAUGUAGUAAGGUUCCAGCGAAACACAUCCCGGCCUUGUGACAGGCUAAUCUAAUCCAGACGGAAUAACAGAUUAUGCCAUGACAUAAGUCGGGGGCCAAUCAAAUCACGCCUGAAUGAAAUAUUCGGCGCGAAUGAUUGAGCACCUGCAUAAUAGUAUUAUCCUUAUCACGAUUAAUGCUAUACAAGGUUGGAUACUGUUCUUUGCCAGAUGUCUUCCCAGAAACGGAUCUCCGACCGUCCUUCAUCGUAAAGACCCAAACCGAAAGAGAUGACAUGCAUGUAGCUUCUACUGAGAUCACAUCAAGAAAUUCCUUUUAAAGGAACACAAUGCUGCAUUCCAUUAAAGUGCAACGCUAGACAUAUUGCCUGCGCACAGGUUCAGUAGAAACUGAGGUACAUGACCAACCCAAAAAACCUCACACAUACAAAAAAAAUUACAUUGUCAUAUGCAACACACAACGAAGAUUUAAUUUCCUUAAAUAGGACUCCUAGUUUCGAAAGAUCAUAACCUCACACAUACAAAAAAUAUAUGUGGCAACUGUGAUUUUAUAAGCACCUACAAGCUUUAUGAGACCACAUGACAACUUAGUAGAAUAAAAAUGACAAGCACAUCAAAACAUUUUUGGACUGCAUUUAUAACCAUCGACAAUCUUUGCACGAAACGACAUGAAAAAUAUGGAAAUUAAGUUACUUUUAUUGGGCAAGUAAGUGGUUAAUAAUAUAGCAAGUGAGUGGAACAAUGUGGCAAUGACGGAAA